AUGGCAAACCCUAAAGAAAAAGACCCUGUGGACAUAGUUCACCAGAAUGUUAUUCAUGUCGAGACAAUAAUGAAGGAGCUGAGACACCAGAAGCUUUACACUGAGUUUAACAUUAACCCAGUAGUACAUUUUUUCAUUCUGACUGACAAGCCAAUGUCCAACAUCACCUACAGAAAAGAAGAGGAGGACCGUAAGUAUUUCCACCACAUUGUCUCAGAUCGCAGUGACAGAAGAUUACAUUUUCCGUGGCACAACUCUGAAAUCACUAAAUACAUGGACGCUGCAUGGCGGUUGAAGGAGCAGACACAAAAUUUGGAAUGA